GGAAAAUCCGGAAAUGUUGAAUUGGGUUUACGGUCAUUUCGUAGCAUAGCCGUUUCGUACUCGUAGCUAAGCAUUUUCAGUUAUUUCGUAAUCAUUAAUCGAUCAUUUUGUAACCAAAUCGGUUAUUUUUGUAACCAGUAAUUAAAACUGAUUGUGUUUUCUAUUAUCAAUUCAAUUGCCAUUUUUAACGUUAUGUUACAAAAUGACAGACGCCCAAUCCCCCCAUUGUAUUGAAUUUGGAGAUGAAAAAACAACAUUGUCGUUUCGGAAUAUCCGGUCACCAAGAUGAUACUGUAUGAAAUAAAAGUUACAAAUCUUGCUGGGCUUAAUCUAUACUAUAUCGGGACGAACACUGUUCCAGUAUUUGUAUGUACUUUGCCUUGCAAGAUAAUGAAAAUCAAUCCAUAAAUGGCAGGAUAUAUUUGAUGGUAAGUUACUUUUCUACCAUAUAGCAAUUCAUACAGUACAUUGUGAUAUUUUCAACAUUUUGGUUAUACAGCUUGCAGCAAAAUGGCAGUUCGGGAGUAUCGUGAGCGAAUUGACAUUGCACAGUUGACCAAUGAUGAUCUGUACAAGAGGUAUCGUGUGAACCAUGCCACAUUGGCAUAUAUAAUUGCCCAGCUGGAUGCUGCCUUAGCCCCCAAUACUGACAGGAGCCACAGCCUUUCUACUGGCUACAAGGUCUUGAUCACACUGAGGUACCUGGCUACCGGUGUGAUACAGCUCAACACCGGUGAUCUGCACUCUGUAGCUCAAUCAAGUGUUUCGAGAGCAGUAUCUCAAACACUUGAUGAACUGAGCUCCCAAAAUGUUGUGAGGAGACACAUUAGAUUCCCAACAACCAUUGAGUCAUUAAACAGGAAUAAACAAGGAUUUUUUCAUAUUGCUAGAUUCCCAAAUGUGAUCGGUGUCAUAGAUGGGACUCAUGUACAGAUCCAGGCACCAUCUAUUGAUGAACCCAUGUACGUGAACAGAAUGGGUUACCAUUCCAUCAACACACAGGUAAUGUUUCUUAAAAUUGUGAAAUAUGUCACAAAGUGAAUCGUAUGUUGUAAA